AGUAGCGUAGAGCGGGCUGGGCGGGGCGAGGCGGGAGCCGCUUCCGGGCACGCUGUUGCAUCAGCUCGGCGGUGUGAGGUGGAAGCGGCAGGAUGGCAGCGGCCCCAGCCGAACAGGCUUCCAGCUACAGUUUUAUUCUGAGCAUUAGUGAAGAGGAAGCCAGGGUGAAGGCUUUGAACGAGUACCUGAGCACUCGUAGUUAUAUCCAGGGGUUCACAUUUUCACAUGCAGAUGUGGAGGUGUUCAGAAAGUUUUCGGGGCCACCUGUGGACCAGUAUUUCCAUGUUGUCCGGUGGUACAGACACAUAGAAGCAAUCUAUGAUGGCAGCAGUGAAAAAAAUGACCCUUGUAAACUUCAAACAAGUAAAGGCAAGCGUGUGCAGCCCCCUUGGUCUCCUCCUGAAGGGACAAAGCAUUCUAGACUCUGCCUCUACAACAGCUUGACUCGCAAUAAGGAAAUAUUUCAGCCGCAGAAUGGAAAAAAAGUCACAUGGUAUUGCUGUGGUCCAACAGUAUAUGAUGCUUCUCACAUGGGACAUGCCAGGUCAUACAUCUCCUUUGAUAUCCUGAGAAGAAUCUUAAGGGAUUAUUUUAAAUUUGAUGUUUUCUAUUGUAUGAAUAUUACGGAUAUUGAUGAUAAGAUCAUCAAGAGAACAAGACAAAAUUACCUUUUCGAACAGUAUAGGAAGAACAAAUCAACGCCAGCUCAGCUACUUGAAGAUGUUAAAACUGCCUCAGAGCUCUUUUCAGUUAAAUUAAGUGAGACAACAGACCCAGAUAAAAGGCAGAUGUUGGAAAAAAUUCAGAAUGCAGUGAAGUCUGCUUUUGACCCUCUACAAGAAGCUGUGCAAGCAAAACUCCCUGCAGAAGAGAUCAGCAGAUGUCAUGAGAUACUAUUGGAAGAAGCCAAAGAUUUACUGUCUGACUGGCUGGACUCAAAAUUUGGCAGCCAAGUGACUGACAAUUCCAUAUUCUCAGAGCUCCCCAAAUUCUGGGAAGGGGAAUUUCAUAAAGACAUGGAAGCUCUCAACGUCUUACCUCCAGAUGUUUUAACGCGGGUUAGUGAAUAUGUGCCAGAAAUUGUGGCAUUUGUGAAAAAGAUUGUGGAUAAUGGUUACGGGUAUGUGUCCAAUGGAUCUGUAUACUUUGAUACUGUGAAGUUUGAUUCCAGUGAAAAACACUCCUAUGCUAAAUUGGUUCCUGAAGCUGUAGGUGAUCAGAAAGCUCUUCAAGAGGGUGAAGGUGACCUGAGUAUCUCAGCGGAUCGCCUAUGUGAGAAGCAUUCUCCAAAUGAUUUUGCUCUGUGGAAAUCCUCCAAGCCAGGGGAGCCCUCAUGGGACUCUCCAUGGGGAAAGGGACGGCCAGGUUGGCACAUUGAAUGUUCUGCAAUGGCUGGAUCCAUUCUAGGAGAGUCGAUGGACAUACAUGGAGGAGGGUUUGAUCUCCGAUUUCCUCACCAUGACAAUGAACUGGCACAAUCUGAGGCAUACUUUGAAAACGAUAACUGGGUGCGGUAUUUUCUGCAUACUGGCCACUUAACGAUAGCUGGCUGUAAAAUGUCCAAAUCUUUGAAGAAUUUUAUCACUAUAAAAGAUGCACUGAAGAAACAUACAGCACGACAGUUACGAUUGGCUUUCCUCAUGCACUCUUGGAAGGAUACACUGGAUUAUUCAAGUAAUACCAUGGAGUCGGCUAUUCAGUAUGAGAAGUUUAUGAAUGAGUUCUUUUUAAAUGUGAAGGAUAUUCUUCGAGCUCCCACUGAUGUGACGGGCCAGUUUCAGAAAUGGGAAAAUCAGGAAGCGGAGCUGAACAAAAAUUUUUAUGACAAGAAGGCAGCGAUUCAUGAAGCACUGUGUGACAAUGUUGACACUCGCUCUGUCUUAGAAGAAAUGCGUUCGUUAGUCAGUCAGUCAAACUCCUAUAUUGCUGCAAAGAAAUCUGCCAGACAAAUGCCAAACAGACUUCUUUUAGAAAACAUCAGUUGCUAUCUCACUCAAAUGCUUAAGAUUUUUGGUGCCAUAGAAGGUGAUGAUGCAAUUGGUUUUCCUGUUGGAGGAAACAGUCAAAACAUAAAUAUUGAAUCUACAGUGAUGCCAUACCUACAAGUUCUUUCAGAGUUCAGAGAAGGAGUGAGACAAAUUGCCAGAGAGAAAAAAGUAACUGAAGUGCUGCAGUUGAGUGAUGCUCUUCGAGAUGACAUCCUCCCUGAACUUGGUGUUCGAUUUGAAGAUCAUGAAGGACUUCCAACUGUGGUUAAACUAGUGGAUAAAGACACAUUAUUGAAAGAAAGAGAAGAAAAGAAAAAGAUUGAAGAAGAGAAGAAAAGGAAGAAAGAAGAAGCAGCCAGAAAAAAACAAGAGCAGGAAGCAGCAAAACUGGCAAAAAUGAAGAUUCCACCACAUGAAAUGUUUAAAUCGGAACACGACAAAUAUUCCAAGUUUGAUGAAAAUGGAUUUCCCACACAUGAUACAGAAGGCAAAGAACUCAGCAAGGGACAAACUAAGAAGCUAAAGAAACUUUACGAAACCCAAGAAAAACUAUACAAGGAAUAUCUACAAAUGGUGCAGAAUGGAAGUGCAAACUGACAACAAUGGGACUUUGUUUUAGAAGGCAGGAGUUGGAUCACCAUUGAAGACGUGAGCAUAUACUGAUGCUCGUAUUUCUGUUUACACUUUCUAUUAUGUGCAAAGUAAACAUCCUGUUUAUGAGGACUAGCAAUGUCAUCUGGAAAGUCAAUAAAUAUUCAUUCAUAAAAAAGAAAAAUCCUCCCAAGAAGUUUCCUCACAACAGUAGCAACAGGUUAAAUGGUCACCAGUUCUGUUGGAGCAGGUGCUGCUCAGUCAGCAAAUCCACACGAGGAUUCUUGUUUAUUAUGGUUGUCCAGAGUUUGGUUAAUUUGUCCUGCAGACCGAUCUCUAAUACCCAGUUGUAGCCUGCAUUCUCAAAUAUGUCACAGUCAGCAAAACUUACUACUAAAUGGAAGCUGAGUAAUUUGUUCCAUACUAAGAAAGUAUUUUCCAGAUGAUUUUAAUAACUUUACAUAAGCAGGAAAAAACUGGGUAGUUUCCACUAUGAUACUUUAGCUGCUGUUACUAAAAACUUUCCUAAGUAUAUCCAGAACACUUUGCACAGUAGAAGCUAACAGUCUCUUUGUUGCAAAAGGGAACAGAUCAUCAUCUUUGUUUAACCUGCAAUUGCAGACAAGUGGGUAAGUACAAGGCAAAUAGACCUGCGUUGGACAUAACCACUAGGCUAUGUUCUUUUCCUUAAUUAAAAGUGAUAAAUAUACUUGCUUUAUUUUAAUAUAUACCUUCUGAGAAACCAAGAUGAGCAUAUUUGGAGUAAUGGAAAGGCCUAGUAGUUUUUUGUUUUUUUUUUCUGGUUUAUCUGUAUUUGCCUUUGAAAACAUACCUAAUGUUGAAUUCAGUAAAGCACAGGCAUCUUGUACAUGGAAAAUAAAAUCUGUUAUAAAGUACAAGUUGUAUGUGACCAUUGUUCAGUAAGGAAAAAAAAUACAGCUUAUCUUUAUUUAACAGCCAGCUCCUUAAAAUAUAGUUCACAGAUGUUCUCCUUUAGCAUGAUGUUACUAAGUUAAUUAAAAAGCAUUUUGCAUUCAA